AUGAAUCGCCCAUCUCGCACUGAAGAUGACAUGGUCCAUCCGAACUGGAACCAGAACCCGCCGUUCCUUGCCCCCGAUUUGACUACUUGCGAGGACCUCAAUGGAAUUGCCAACUCGAGGAUGUUGAAGAAAGCGUCUGGAGGAUCGGUGGCUGCCUUUGGGUUAUUGGAGAAACCUGGGCUACGUGCUGAUUCUGACAGCGAAGCAGACGGGCGUGUCUGCCUUCGUCUGGAGAUUGUUCCUGUACAGGAACGUCUCCGCCGCCUAACACGCCAGUUUAUCAAAUCCAAGGCCUGGUCGUGGACCUGGUGGAUCUUCUCCGUUCUAGCUACAUCCUUCCUGCUGUCCUCGACUGGUAUCGUCGCCGGAAACGGCAGCGCACCCCAGGCCUCCCCCCCAACGGCCAAGGGCACUCUUGCCCCGCGAGUCCUCUCCAAGAGGGACGAGUGCGAAAAUGGCGGCGUCGACCCCAAGGAAUACAACGUGCCCCUGCACGUCGGAGCCCUGCUCAUCAUCAUGUUUGUCUCCUCGUUCGCCUGCGGCUUCCCCAUGAUUGCCCGGCGCUUCCCGGCCCUCAAGAUCCCGGACGCCUUCUUCUUCGUCGUCCGGCACUUCGGAACUGGCGUCCUCAUCGCCACGGCUUUCGUGCACCUCUUGCCCACCGCAUUCCUUUCCCUCGGAGACCCUUGCCUCUCGGCCUUUUGGGUCACCGAUUACCCCGCCAUGCCCGGCGCUAUUGCGCUGGGAGGCGUCUUCUUCGUCAUCGUCAUCGAGAUGGUGUUCAGCCCCGCCCGUCACUUUUCGCAUUGCGCACCCCCGGCUGCGGUCCUGCGACCCGUUGGCAUGGACACGGCUUCGUCGGCUGGUAAUAGGUCGCGCACCUCCCUCGACGAUGAUAUCAUUGAGCCUGACACUCGUAGUACCACGUCCCCCAUCAUCGCGAUGAGAGAUCGACGAAUUGAGGGUGGCGCAAACAAUAACAACAACAACCUCCCGGGCGAUAACCUCGCCCGGCGCGAUUCGGCCGACAAGGCCGUGCAGAUUUCUUCGCCCCUCGAUGAUGCCAACGCCGAGAUUGGCUUCUCUGCCCGGUUUCUUACGCCCGAGCAGCGAUUGAAGAAGGAAGUCUUGCAAUGCGUUUUGCUUGAAAUCGGCAUUUUGUUUCAUAGCGUUUUCAUUGGUAUGGCGCUUAGCGUGUCUGUUGGGAAUGACUUUAUCGUCUUGUUGAUUGCUAUUGCCUUUCACCAAACCUUUGAGGGUUUGGCUCUCGGGUCUCGCAUUGCUUGUAUAGAUUGGGCCGGUCACCCACACCGACCCUGGCUCAUGGCUCUCGCCUACGGCCUCACGACCCCCAUCGGCCAAGCCAUCGGCCUCGCCACUCAUUCCCUUUACAACCCGAACUCAGCCUUCGGCCUCGUCCUCGUCGGAACCAUGAACGCCAUCUCCUCCGGCCUCCUCGUCUACGCAUCUCUCGUCGAGCUCCUCGCCGAGGAUUUCCUCAGCGACAAAAGCUGGGAGAUCCUCCGCGGCAGGAAGCGCGUCAUUGCGUGCAUUAUUGUCUUUGCGGGCGCCUUUUUGAUGGGCCUCGUCGGCGCAUGGGCUUAA